AUGACAACCGUGGUACUUGAUCCCCGAUCCAUCAUCGAAGCAUUGUCAUGCCUUCAACAGGGCAUCAAUCCGGAGGAUAUUACUCAUCCCUCGGUUGCAUCACAAGUGUUCGAAAAGACAUGCUCUGAAUAUGAUGAUGCUCGAAAAGCUAUUGAGGAUGGUCAAGAGCAGAUACGAAGGGCAGAGAUGCGCAAAGCUGCUCUCCGCAGCGAACAAGAUGCUAGAAAAAGGAAGGAGAAUGCUGUAUGGGAUGGAUGCUUUCAAAUU